UGGAGGAGUGGGCUAUGCUUUGCUCUCUGAUGAUAGGUGAACGGCCUUGACCGGAGCGCUUUUUGGGUUUCAAGUUAAAGCAAGAAGGCUCCAGCGCUCCAGCUACAGCUCCGCGCAGUGGACAAUUAAUUACAAUGCAAAGAGACAUGAAAGUCAUCGCAACUCCUGGCGAAGAUUUCGCAGCAAUAGUUUGACUUUUCCCGGAGUGCCGGCCGACCGACCGUUUGUUAAGGGUACCCUCGGGCGAAAAUGCCUUUUUGUAAGAGGGCAAUCCUUCCCAGAGAUGUUUGCAAAGGAGACGCGAAAAGGCAAGCGGCGAUAUUCGCGGAUCUGGUGGACGUUUGCGGCUUUUCGCUGUGCUCAGUGCUAAGGCAGCUCUCGGAUUUAUCCAGGCAGUCUGUCAGCAUCAUAGAAGAACUUGAGGGGGAGAUCGUUUCGAUUUAUCGGCGUUCCGGGACUUUGGAGAGCAAAGUUAUCAGUCUCCAAAAACACGUUUCUGCGCUAGCUACAAAGCCAUCAAGAAGGACUGCCACUAACUUGGACUCGGAGAGCAAGAGAACGGCCCACUUCAGAUCGUCAUGGCAACAGCAUGUGAAUGUGUUCAGCUCCUCGAGUAGGCCGGAGUGUGUGGAGGAGCUGCAUCAGGAGGCACAGCUCAAUCUCCAGAGCUUGCUGCAAGAAUUCGAGGAGCAGCUGUACGACCACAAAGUUACAGGGCAGACGUUCCGACAUCCUUCUUCCCAGAGCUCCGAGGACACUUCCCAAAGCAGAUCUCCUCUAGCAGCGAGCAGCAAGCGGACAGAGUUUGUCUUCCUGCCAGCCGUGAAGCAGGUGUGUGGGGAUGAGACCACAACAGUAGGAACCCGCCUGCCGGACUCAGACUCCAGCUCGCCCCACACCCCAGACAGGCACCCCCCAGGCUGGAGCAAGACAUUCGAGCUGCCAGGAUCGGAGAGGCCACGCUGGAACCUAGGCCGCGGUGUUCAAGCCCACAUCAUCCCCAUUAAUGUAUCUGGACAGAGCUUUGAUAAGCACGCCAGUGUGCUCCAGUCCCUUUUUAACACUGAGACUGCCAUCAACCCAAAGAAUAUCCUAAGGAGAAGAAGAACUAUAACUGGAGCCCCUGACCUCUUGCUACAGCACCAAGGUGACGGCCAUGCUGCUGUGGAGCAGACCUUCAGCGCUGACCUAACCCAAGGUGCUUCUACUCCGGAAACUGCUCAAGCCAGGCAGCUGUCACCUUCUUCAGAAACUGCCGGCCACUUGAUGCCUCUUAGAAAGACGUACAGCGAUUUGGACCAAAUUCUUUCACAGACGCCAGGGAGUUAUUCCAGCAUGAUGGAGAACUCUACCAUGAUGUGCGCUAGUCCUUCCUGGAAUGGACCAAAGGGUUCUACGUUUUCUCCUUCCUGGAAUAAUUCUUUCAGCUAUGUGCUGGCAGCGAGCCCUGUUGCCAAGCAGCCCUCCCAACAUGAGGGCGCACUCACAUGUCCCUUGCAGGGUAGCUCAGGUCUUUCAAUGAGUUCAGGGUCACAUUCCAGUUCUUUUACAUCCAUAUCCAUGGAGCCAUCUGCCAGAGCACAGACUGUGGCCAAGAGAAACGACACAGAAGGAGGUCCUACGAGCCCAGGGCAAGACAAGCGAACGGCCCGGGUUCAUGCAUUUAAGUUCCGUGAAAGAUCCCUAUCUACCCCGACAGAUUCCAGCUCCUUCUGCUCCACAGAUAACAUCUGCUGUGAUCACCGGAGGGAAAACGAGAACUAUGCCAUGAAUUACCCCAGCGCCAGCUCAGAGGACAGUGCCAGCACUGACAAUGCUUCCGUAGUGGCAGAUCCUCAUGGCCGACCCAGGCAGAGGUCCAGGAGCAUCUCACUGAAGAAGCCAAAGAAAAAGCCCACCCCCCCUGUCCGGAGUGUGUCCUUGAUGAAGAAUAAAGCAGGGAGGAAAAGCGAUAUCACCUCCUUGACCAAAGAAGAGAGGCCCAAGAGUCUCUUCCUUCCCAGGGAUAAAGAUAACUUGCAGAACAUCUUUGAGGUAGCCCCCGAUUUCAUCGACUCCAAGGCAUUACGAAUUGAAAGAGACCUGCAGGCUGCAACUGUAGCAGACGCCCCAUUGUUGGGGAAAGAGAUUGAUAUGACCUUUCCGAGCCACUGGCAAAUCAGCGAGUGGAAAUCCAACGACCCCUACAGGUCCUUGUCCAGCUCCAGUACUGCCACAGGGACGACUGUCAUCGAGUGCAUGAAAGUGCGUGAGAGCUCGGAAUCUCUCGAGUCCCCCUCCACCUCCCGCGCUACGUCACCUUCCCAGCUCUCAACAGAAGCGGAAUCCAAAAUCUCACCCCUAAAGCCCCCGGGGUUGAUGUCCCCCUCCAGUGGGUACUCCAGCCAGUCCGAAACUCCUACCCCAACCAUUCCCACUUCUCUGAUCACUGGGCCUUCACCGCAGGGCUGUAAGAUGAGGCCAAAAAUCCCAGAGAGGAAGUCCUCUCUCCCGGCCACUUCUCCCAGAGAGAAGAGUUCUCGUUGCAGGUUGUCCUUUGAGCUGCCUGUCACAACUCACUUGGAUUUAUCUUCUCUCAAAGGGAAGACCAAAGCCAGUCGCCGUCAUUCUGAUUCAUCCACGUCUAACAAGUGCGGUCAGAAGUUAAGCCCCAGCCAAGUGGUGAUGCCCGUGGUGACUCAGUUAGACCUGAGAUCUGUGCGGCUGCGGUCAGUCAGCCGCUCGGAGCCAGAUGACAAUGCAGAUGGUUCUUCUGACAUCAUAGAAGAGGAAGAAAGCAAGGAGCACUCCAUCACCCCGCAGCCAAAAGUUAAGCCACCAGUUGCCAUGAAACCACCACUGCCCAAAAGGCCCCCAAACCUGCUCUUUAAAUCUCCAUCCUCGUCUCCUCUAGCGUCUGAAUCUCCACCUGCCUCUCCAAAAGACAAACUUACACCUGUCGAGAAUAUCUACAUGGUGGUCAGAAAACCCAAAACCAAGAAGCCUCAAUGUCCCAUUAGUCCUAGCUCCCCUCAGGAGUAUCCCGAGCUGCCAAUUCCCAGCAUGAAGCAAGGAAUGGACUUUGUCAACCUGCAUUCUCUUCCAGAUAGGGAGGACAAGAGCAAAACCCUCCCCAACCGAAUAAUUGUUUCCAGCCUGACUGAGAUGGAAAAGAAAAAAAACAAGAUACCUCCACCAGUCCCCAAGAAACCUAACGUGCUCCUUUUGCCAGCCAGUUCAUUUCAAGCCAAUGGGACCACAGACAGGCCUGUUAUCACUCUGGACAGCUGCCGCCCCUCUGGAGCUGUAUUCCCCAAUGAUCUCUGUGGUGAGAGUGAAAACCACAUCAAAACUGUUGCAGCCAGUGGAAAUGACAGCAAGCAGGAUCCUGGAGAAAUGGCGCCCUCUGCUGCUACUCCAACAGAUACUGCCCUCAAUGAGAGUGUUGAGGAAAGUAGCACAGGAAGCGAGAAGACCGCCCUGCGGAUCUCAGAAGAAGAUGACGAUGUGUUCAUCCAGACAUCCACCCCCCACACCACUGAGGACCUCUUCACUAUCAUUCACAGGUCAAAAAGAAAAGUCCUGGGCAGAAGGGAGCCUGCGGAUUCCUUUGGCAGCAGGCAGAGUUUGGUGUCUCCGGUCAAGAACACCGUCCCCAUGAGCGAGUACAAGAGUCUGUCUCUGAGCAGCAUCAGCAGCACCCCGAGAUCCAGCUCCAGGAAUGAGAACUUCAUGGCCCUGCUCCAGAAGAAAAGCAACAAGCCCAGUGCCAGCGCCCGCGUUUCUGCCAUGGAGCUCCUGAAAAGCACCAACCCUCUGGCCCGGCGGGUCACCGAGUUCUCUCAGUCUGAAGCCGAACAGACCAGCAACGCCAAGCCCCUUCCAGACCACUGAUAGCUCCCAGGCCGGUUACACAGAGCAAGAAUGUGAUGUACAGGAGCCCUGCGGCACAUCUUCUCUUCUGCUACACUUUGGAUGGUGCCAGCAAACGAGGCAUAUUGGCUCAACACAGGUUGAAAUCCUGUUUUUAAUCUGCUCCCUUCUUGCUCUGAGAGGCUAGAGACCUGCACUAUUACAUAUUUGUGUGCAUGACUCUGAGUACGGCAGUCUGACUCCAUGUGUGCGAUUCCCUUGAAUUAGUGGAACAGUUUCAUUAUUCUCAGCCAGACUCCCCUUCCCUUACCGCAAAUAAGCAUAGUGCAUUACUAGGACCAUCAAGGACAUCAAGGAAAUAUCGUUUGAUGGCAGACGAGAAAAGAGUAAAUUCGUGUUUCUCUACCAACAUUUCAUUGGAAGAGUGAUUUUUUAAAAUCCACCUUGGAAAGAUCUAACACAUGCAGGAUAUUGAGAUCAAUUUGGAAAAGCAAAACAAAGAAAGCGGUUGAUGAAUGCUAUUGAAGAGUGAAACUCAACAUAAUAAUACGUAAUAGGUUUAUUCCAUGCUGAAAAAAAGAAGAAAGAGAACACAACGUUUCGGCCGUGGAGCCUUCUUCAGGUGUGUCACCCACCUGAAUAAUAAUACGUAGACAACUCAAACUCGGCAAAUAGGACCUAACGCCCCACACAUUUGAAAAAAGGCACUUUCAACAAAUGCAUGGUUCAUUAUACAAAGCAUUUUUAUUAAAAUUACAGUUAAUGUUGAAUUUUUAUUUGAUUUAUCUUGUAAAUAUAGAAAUGUAUAUAUAUAUCUUUAAAGAUCUUUGUUUAGUAAAAGAGAAGCUUUUAUAUCAAAGUGUGACAAGGCUUGCUUAAAUAGUGUAUCUUAUGAUAGUGAAGUCACACUAUCUUGGGAUCAAAGAAAAUGAUUACAAAUGGCAAUGCAAACAGCUCAGAUGGUUAGAAUGGAAUGCCACACUGCCUAUAUCAACAUACAUAUAUAUAUAAACUUAUAGAAAAUAUCCCACAAAAUCAAAGGGUCAUUAAGUUAUAGAUAUGCCUGUGUACUAAUUUCUCAGUACUAUUUGAACCUAGUGUUGGCCAAAGUGUAAUGUGCACACAUCAAAGCCAGAUUGUAGCGUGUUGUCAAGCUUGUCCUUUUUUUUUAUUUGCAAACCGUAUACAAGGGAUGAAUGUGUUUUUGCACACUUUUGUUUGACCCUUUCAUUUUGGUUUUUUUUUUGACAUGGCGGACUUUUUCAGAAGUGAGCAAAAAUUCAGGGAGAAAGGUUAAACCUGUCCUUUUGAUUGCGAGGUGGCCAUGGCGACGGAUCCCUUUCUACAGCCCCUCCUCUGGUCUUUUUCCGAAACGCAAGUCACAGACUGGCCCAGUACUUUCUAUUUCCAGGUGUGCACUGAGCCUCUGUGGAUCUCCUCUUACCUUGAGAGACAAGUACGACUGUUCGAAAGGGGGAACAACUACUGAACAGUUCCUUUUUUUUACUGUAACAUUUGUCUUCAAAUUGCAAAAUGUUUGGCUUCACCAUCACUAACCCUUAAGAGCUUAAGUCUUCAGUUCCCUUUCAUGCUGAAACCAGGAUCCUACGUCUGGAAACAUGUAUGAGAACAAAAGCAAUCCCUCAGGCAGAGGGUUCUUUGUCGAAAUGUAAAUCCAAGGAACAGUAAUGAAUGAACUUCCAUUAAAUCUUUCCUUUAAAGUAGGUACAGCACAGUAGCAGUGGACAAAGGGGACUCCAAACAGAAUAAUCGGGUCAUUUCCGCACACCUUUCACGAGAACAGCUAUAAGCUCGAUGGCAUUCACUGGGUUUCUAGACUGCAGCAGAAACUCCUGGUGCUACAGUAUUAGGUCUGGACACCAUCUUGAAGACUUUGACCAACACCGAAAAGAAUCUUUGACUUGUGAUCUCUCUCGACUUUGUCACAGCAGACGAUGCUGGAUUUUAAACACAACGACAAGUCUUUCAGGUAUCCAGCGACGGAAACACUGAGGUGACACUUGUUUUUAAAUAUUUAGCGAAUGAAACAAAAAAAAAGUGUUUGUUUGCCUUGAACUCAGGCAUUAGUGCCUCUGUGUUUUUUAAAUGCCUUGGUAUUGCACUUCCUUAGCAGUAUACCGUGAUUUUUUUAAAUUCUGUUUACUAUUAUUCUGAUUGUACCUAUUCUUCAGUGUGCUCCAUCUGUGUUUUAAUCCCUUGUGAAAGGAAAUUCCUACUGACAGAGGAAAGAGAAGCUUAGAUGCAGAGUAAAAAAAAAAGAGCUCCAAGGAUUAUGAAUUUCAGAAUGGCUAGAUUUCUUAAAAUGUGGAACUUCUGCCUCUUGAUGAUGGGAAAUUUAACCAUAAUCAUUUUACAUGGCAUUUCUGUAGUUUCCCCCAAGUUGAAUCACAACACACAUUCACUCUGUGGUGCUACACUUUAAGAUACCUGUCUGUGGUUCACAGCACUUUUCUUUGAUGAAAUUUAUCAGGUUUAGCUACACAAGUUCCACAUGAGUUUAGCAUUGCCGGUCCUUUCAGGUAAGAUACUGAAGUACCAUUCCUGAGGUAUCCACAUGGUCUUUAAAGGAGACACACUCCCUUCACUUUCUUAGCUCAUGAAGUUGUUUGAGCCUUUUAUGUUUGAGGUCUUCAAGUCUGGCCCUUUCAUCUUCACAUACAGAAAGCUGAAGCUUCUGUUGGUACAGUAUGUGUAACACAGGGAACCCCAUUGUUCCCUUCCUCUGAAAAGGACAAAUUGCCUGACGUUCAUAAUAAGUGAUUGCCGGAUAGUUUGACAUUUUGUGUUGCUCAAAGGUAGAAUUCCAGAAAUCUGAAACGGUAACAAUCUAGCAACAGGUGACCAAAGUAUGGAAAAGCAAUUUCUUUGAAAAAAAUCGGUUUUGGAAAAUGACCCAGAGUGGACUUGCGAAGUUCGAAAAGUUGGAGCAUGCCACCAUGAGCCAUCAUGUCAGUAUUAAAAUAGCUGAGGUUCCCUCGAGUCAGAGGAACCUCUUUUUACAGCAGCUCAAUCUUAACAGAUUGGUUCCCUUGCACAACUGGAAUGGUUCCGAAAUUGAACUUUGACGGCUGUGCUCUGCCUAUCGUUCUUUUUUUGCCAGCAGUUGGCAGCUGUGGAAGAAGAUACUGUAUAAUUCUGUCAACAGGUCCCAGUUGAUGUGCCAGCUCCAGAUCCUUCUUGUAAGAUGCGAAGACUGCAUCGGAGCCAGUGUAUCCUAGCUUUAAACAGACUUCAAUGACUCUGGUGGAGACUGUCUCCUACUUGAUAUUUUUGUUUUGUGACAGAGCUACAGGCCUUAUUUUGCCUUUCAGGUGUGUCACCCUUCUUCCUUUUGCUUUCCAUUGUACUACUCACAGGACUCACAGCUUUUAAAGCUUUCCUUUAUUCCCGGUGAAAACUGGUUCCAGUUAGAAAUGACUCCAUAGUCAGACCCCGGAAGCACUAAUUUAUUCCCCGUGUCACAGUGAGCAUUGGAAGGAGUAAUCCAUUCUACUGAUGAGGUUAAUAGUAAAAAGCCAGAGGAUCCUACAGCAGGAGACCUCUGAAAACAUGAGCGCUAAUAGAAAGGUGCACUACCGUUUCCAUUAAGUUUGAGGGAUGACAAAAACGAAGCUUUAAAAAUACUCCCACGGGUUUCAUGUGUCCUAAAUCUCAACAUCAGAAAGUGGGAUUUUUUUUUCUUAUAGGAAAAUAAUUCAAAUUAUUCCACCAGUAUUAAAUGCAGCUGUGAUUCUGUAAACAGCUACUUCUUGUCUAUGUGAUGAAAUAUCAUUUAAAUAAAUUAUUUUUAUUGCUUAA